AUGGAUGCGCUGCGGGGCGUAGACGGGGUUGAGCAAGAGGGUGGGGAUAUGGGACUACAAUAGGUCACAGGGUACCAUGACCAGAACUGUAUACUAUAGUAACGGGCCAACUCCGCGAUGAUGAGCACGAUAUAUCGGGGACAUCUCAACGAUCUCGAGUUAUUCUGUUGUUGCUGUGUGGAUAGUAAACUGUUCGGCUCCCAUGGCGCGAUUCGGCGUUUUCACUUUCGGCCGAGAGCGUCUGUUAGUUUUUCUCGAAGCCCUUGCGUCAUAGGUACGACACCUUUAGGUUUUUCUCUCUGCGCCUCUCCUCCCACGCGACCAUAGCAUUACCGCAGCGCUCGUUCAACGAUGCGCGACCUCAACAAACCCCCUACAGCGUUUUUGACGGGCCCAUGUAGCGACUGUCGCCAGGCGUCUCCAUGACGGAAACCAAAGAUGCGGGCCUCUCCCCCGCCUUUGUCGAGACGGUCGCCGGUCUGUCGGCCGGCACUAUGGCCACCCUGAUCGUGCAUCCGCUCGACAUUGUCAAGACGCGCAUGCAAGUCCACCGCAGCACCCUUGUCUCCUCCGGCAGCAGCACGAGCAGAACCCUGACCACCGUCUCGGUGAUCCGCUCGCUGACCCGCACCGACCGCCCGCUCGCGGCGCUGUACCGCGGGCUGACGCCCAACCUGCUCGGCAACGCCACGAGCUGGGCGUCCUUCUUUUUCUUCAAGUCGCGUCUCGAGCGGGGCCUCGCACAUCUCCGUGGGCCGCAGCACCAUGACCACGACCAUGACCGUGUAGAAGAGACGCAAGCCCAAGUCAAGCAGCGCCUCACGCCCGCCGACUUCUUCGCCGCCUCCCUCGCGGCCGGGGCGCUCACCCAAGUGAUCACCAACCCGAUCUGGGUGCUCAAGACGCGCAUGCUGGCCUCGGACCGGUCGGCCGCCGGCGCGUAUCCGAGCAUGUGGGCCGGCGCGGUCCGGCUGCUGCGCGAGGAGGGCGUGCGGGGGUUCUACCGGGGCAUGGGUGUCGGCAUGCUGGCUGUGAGCCACGGCGCGGUGCAGUUCGCCGUGUACGAUCCGGCGCGGAAGGUGUACCUCGCUCGCAAGCAGAAGGGGAGGGCGCGGCUUGGCGGCUGCGGAGACGAAGGGCAAGGGCAAGGGCAAGGGCAGGUCAGUGUCUCGAAUGAGGCGACGGUUGUGCUGUCUACUGUGUCGAAGCUCGUCGCGGGCGCCGCGACGUAUCCGCUACAGGUGCUCAGGAGCAGGCUGCAGCACCAUGAUGCCGAGGAGCAAUUUGGGAAGGGGAUCCGCGGGGUGGUGAGGAAGCUGUGGCAGGAGGAGGGCGUGAGGGGGUUCUACAAGGGGGUCAUGCCCGGUGUAGUGAGGGUACUGCCUGCGACAUGGGUGACCUUUUUGGUGUAUGAGAAUGUGAAGUACUACUUGCCUCGGUGGGCACAGGGCGGGAAGGAACAUGUGGUGGCAUAGACAUAGAUAUAGACAGGCUCCAGACGUUCUGGAGUGGUGGAAAGCGUUCAUCG